AUUUGCUCCUCAGGCUAUCAUAGCCCUUACUGAACAGUAUCUGACAACAACAACCCUUGGCUAGAUUUAUAGCCUAGGUAUUGACCACCCACUUCACAUCCCUACCUUCCUGACCCAGGAUAUCGGUAGCUCGCCCCAGCUCAGUCCAGAACAGCCUCCUCACAUCAUAGCUCACACCACAAUGCUCGCCCCAAGAGUCAACGCCCGACUCUGCUCGCCGCGGCAGGUCACACAGCUCGGCAAGGCAGUGGCGGCGCCCCUCUCCCACCACCUGGGCGGCAGCCACCCGACCGGCCUCCGCCUGGCCGCCUGCGCCGCGAGCCCGGGCGCGCCUCGCCCCUUCUCCACGACGGGCGCGGCGCGGCUGCGCGACUUCUUCCCCGCCAAGGAGACGGCGUACAUCCGGCAGACGCCGCCGUCGUGGCCGCACCACGAGAUGACGGAGAAGCAGAUGGCCGAGGUCGUGCCGGGCCACCGCGAGCCCAAGACGGCCGGCGACAAGCUCGCCUGGGCCCUGGUCCGCACCAGCCGCUGGUUCAUGGACCGGGCCAGCGCCAUGUCGUCCGACCAGCUCAAGGGGCUCAAGCCACUGACCGAGGCCCAGUGGCUCACGCGGUACAUCUUCCUUGAGUCGAUCGCUGGCGUCCCAGGCAUGGUCGCCGGCAUGCUCCGGCACCUGCACUCGCUCCGGCGGAUGAAGCGGGACAACGGCUGGAUCGAGACGCUGCUGGAGGAGGCCUACAACGAGCGCAUGCACCUGCUCACCUUCCUCAAGAUGUGCGAGCCCGGCUGGUUCCUCAAGAUGCUGAUCCUGGGCGCCCAGGGCGUCUACUUCAACGCGCUCUUCGUCGCGUACCUGAUCAGCCCCAAGAUCUGCCACCGCUUCGUCGGCUACCUCGAGGAGGAGGCCGUGCACACGUACACGCGCAGCAUCAAGGAGCUCGAGGCCGGCCAGCUGCCCCGCUGGUCCGACCCGGGGUUCAAGGUGCCCGAGAUCGCCGUGGCCUACUGGGGCAUGCCCGAGGGCCACCGCACCAUGCGCGACCUCCUGCUCUACAUCCGCGCCGACGAGGCCAACCACCGCGGCGUCAACCACACGCUGGGCAACCUCGACCAGAAGGAGGACCCGAACCCCUUCGUUAGUGACUACAAGGGCGGAAAGGAACGCCCGGUCGCCUUCACCCGGCCUGCUGGUUUCGAGCGAAGCGAGGUCAUCGGUUGAGGGAUCCGGGGUUGGAUCUCGACAGGUCGUUGACCUUUCUAAGAUUAUGCUUUUAUACUCGUCUUUUCAUCAUCUCAUCGUUGGGCGGGUUUUGUGUGGAGUUCAAAAGGCGCUCUCAAGGAUAAAAUCAGGUGUUUGGGGGAAAGGAACUUGACAUGUUUGCUUCUGCCUAGCGUUCUAGAUAGGUCCACGGUAUACCCAGUAAUCUCCAAUCUGCAUCACAAUUAACAGUAAACCUUCAAAACA